AUGUUUUCUCGCACGUGUUUACGACGAAUCGGGAGCGACACCUAUGGCGGGUGGCCGUGGCCGGUAAAACUUCCAUUCAAAGCGGACUGGUACCAUAAGUUUAGUCGUCGGGAAAGCAUUGCUGACGAAACACGUGAGUAUACCGUUGUGGGGGAUAUUUUGGUUCUCGGCACCGUGGUCUUCGCGAUGUAUCGCGUCAAUGAGCUCUAUUACCGCAGCAACGCGUAUCAGACGCACCUCUGCCAUCUCAUUCGGGCCCCGCCGGCUAUAAUAGCCAACAAUUUUGACUUUGCCAAUACCGAGAACAACCGCAAGGUUUCAAGAGCCGCCUUGGACGAAUACCGGGAGGCCGUUGCGUCGUGCAAGGCGCAGCGUCGACCCAUUGAAACAGUCAUAUUUAAAUAUUAG